CCGACCGACUACGAGGACCUGUGGUGGCGGGCGCCGAUCCAGCCGGACGGCGCGCGCGACACGGGCCAGGAGUACGACGUGCUCGAGGCGGUGCAGGACGCGCCGCUGACCAACUACGGCGUGGUGGGCGCGUGGGAGCCGCUGUCGGACCCGCGCAUCCUGACGGACCCGCGCUGCCGCAUCGUGCUGCACAUCAACUGGAAGGCGCAGACCCUGCCGGUCAUCGUCAACGGGUUGCCGAGCCGCGCCAAGGCCGACGCCGACGCCGACGCCCACCCCGGGACGGACUGGAACGCGGCGCCGCAGCCGCCGCUGGAGCGCGUCCGCGCCGUCAGCCCCCGCGCGCACAUCACGCGCGGCACGUACGCCCCCGUGCCGACCUUCCUCGUCCACGGCACCGCCGACGACCUGAUCCCCUGGCAGCAGAGCCGCGGCACGUACGACGCGCUGGUGGCCCGCGGCGUGCCGGCCGGCCUGGCCCUGGUCGAGGGGGCGCCGCACAUCUGCGACUUGAGCAGCAAUCCCGAGUCCGAGGGAUGGAAGGCCGCGCUGAGG